AUGGAGGUUGUGAGAUGCUCGGCCACGGAGCAGCCAAAACUCGGUCCGCCCAGCAACCAUGCGAUGGCCCUACAGACGAGGGGCUACUCGAAGCUGUAUGGUCCUGGACAGGCAGACCAGUCAUUUGUGAGCCGAGGCCCGAUCGACUCGCUGACCGCCGGCAACUGGGAGCUGGCCUACUCGCCGGCUUUGUCGCAGACCGGCCGGUCCGAGGGGGCCGCCCCUCCGACCGACCAAUCAGAUCAAUCUCGCCAGUCCGACAGACCACCGCCUCUCGUCAGGUCGUCGAAUCCGCCGCCUGCUCCAGUCAUGGCUCCUAUUCCCGCUGCGAUUUCGGCCACCGACCGGACGACUGGCGUUUACCAGUCGACCCGAAACCCCACGGGUUUGCCUCCGUCCUCGAUGAUGGAUGUCCGCCUGGACGAGGAUGAAUCGGACGAGGAGGAGCUCGAGCCCCGCCUCGCAUUGCGCGACGCCAGACCCGAGACGAGGCGACAACUGAGCGGAGCAGAAAAGGAGCUUGAAGAUGCGCUCACCAGCUUGGCUGUGUCGGACGGCGAUCGGUCGGAAGGCGAGUUUUACGACCGCGAGAUGAAGAAUGACGACAACCGGCCUCGCGAAGCCUCUCGCCAAGCCACUUCGAGUAAACGACAAAUUUUACUGUCAUUCCUCGUUUCUACUCAUUUUCAUUUUCAUUUUCAAUCGACGACUGAGUGGGAUUCGUUAAUUGGCCUCACCAGAAGCAGAAGGAAGCUCGAAUUUGAGUAG